CCCCGUAGUCCUGGCAGGGUUUAUAAUGUCAGAAAAACAGAGAGAUUGACAGUUCACAUCAUCAAAGCACACAGAAAAAGGUUUACAUCUGGUUCUUUACACCCUCAAGGCAUGACGAGCAGUAACAUGGGUCAUCCUCUGAUAACGCCAGGCUUACUACUUCUAAUGCUGAUACCCGCCAUCACAGCUGAUAGCUCCGGUUCUGUCGUCACCAGCUGUGAGGCAUGCCACCCUCAUGCUACCUGUCUUGCCUCUCUACUCAACAAUGAGGUAGAGGUUGAGUCUUCCUCAUUCAAGUUAGUCACUUGCAACUGUAAAUCAGGCUUUGUCGGCAACGGCAUCACCUGCUACGACCUCAAGCUCUGCGCUGGCGGCUCCUGCUGUCAUCAAGGUUACAGCUGGUCAACGGAGUUAGGCUGUGUGGACGUUGACGAGUGUUCCCUCCCAGACCAACCCUGCAGCCCUCCUCAGGUCUGUGAGAACACCCCCAGAUCCUUCAACUGCCUGGGGCCUCCUGAAGACGACCUCCACUCCAGUCCUGGUGACUCCCGUUCAGUGCAGUUUCAGUGCGGGGGGAGACAGUGUCCAGUGGGAGAGGACUGUAUCAGUGUUGGUGGAACAUCUUACUGUGCAGACCCCUGCCAGCACUACACUGUACUGAAUGAUGCCUGGCGUUCCACCAACAACAACGGCAACGUUAAUGGCGAGCAUUGCGACCAGAGCAUCAACUGGCAGGGCUGGUAUCGCCUGUUCCUUGGGGACACCAGUGUUCAGAUGCCAGAGAGGUGUGUGGAAAGGUACAUGUGUGGAACCGCUGCCCCCAUGUGGCUCACAGAACCUCAUCCCCAGCUGUUAGACGGGGUGGUUCAGAGGGGUGUCUGUGGACACUGGUUCUCAGAAUGCUGCCAUUUUAGAGUAAAUCCCAUCCAUGUUAAAGCCUGCUAUGGAAACUACUAUGUCUACAAGUUUGUCCCUCCAACACAAUGCAACUUGGCCUACUGUGCAGAUGUCAACACCAAGGUGUGUUCUACAUGUGGAGUGUUUGACGCCUGUGUGAGUGAUGAUAAGAUCAACUGGAGGUGUGAGAGGAAAGCUCUGGAGCUGGUCUGUGGGCGGAACUUCAUACAGGUGGGUCUUCAGAUGGUUAACCUGGAGGCCGGACGUCUGGAUCCUUCCUCUGGUCACCUGGCCGACCCCAGUUGCUCCGCCCACCAGGAGGCUAACGGCACGGUGUGGUACCAGGUGGAGCGAAGGGAGGGACGCUGUGGAAACACUCUGGAGACCAACAGCACCCAUGCUGUCUACUCCAACAGCCUAUUUGUUUACCCAUUAAAUUCAAGAAACGACUCUCUCUCCCAACCCCUGAGCAUUCCAUUCUCCUGUGCCUAUCCCCUGGAGACAGAGAGCAGCCUGGAUGUGGCCAUCAAACCCUACCUGCUGACGGAGGGUGUUUCAGGUUUAGGUGCCAAGGCCGAAUCCUUCAUGUCUCUGUAUCGAAACGCCAACUUCACAGAGGCGUACCCACCUGGAGAAGUCCUCCUGCCAGUGGGCUCUGCCUUGCACGUGGGCGUGUCCGUAGACGAGACAUACGACCAGUUGGUGGUGGUGCUGGAGAAUUGCUACGCGACUCACACCCCCAACUUUGAUGAUCUUAUGCGAUACGUCCUUAUUCAGAACAGGUGCCCUAGCAACCAUCAUCAGGUGAGGGUGGAGGAGAGCGGCUCGUCUCUCAGGGCUCGCUUCUCUGCUCUGCUGUUCCUGUACCAGGGGGACUACCGGGACGUCUUCCUGCACUGCAGACUCAGCCUGUGUGACCAGAGGAGCUCCUCCUGCACUCCGAACUGUGGUAGAAGAAUAUCCCGCUCUGUCUCCACCUCGGCCUCCCAAAAGCCCCUUACCAUCGGACCAAUCACCUGGACCAAAGGGCCAGAGUGAACCAAACAGCACUGCAAUGGGACAACAGAGAGCUUCUGUAUCUUAAUGAUUAUUAGAUAAUAAAGUGAAACUUUACUAUUA